AUGAUUAUAGGAAGUAUACUUAAAACUUUAGCUGAAAAAAAUUUAAUUGAAGGAGGUGGUCUUAAACAAUGGGUAGAUACUCGUUGGCAUACUAUGUACGAUUGUGUAUUCUCUGUUAUAAGGCAUAAAGUACCGUUAGAAAUAGUUAA